CUCCCCCUCUGGCGGCGCGUUCCCGGGCAGUCUGCGCGAGGGCCGGGCCGGGCCGGCGGCCCCUCUGUCCCCUCCUGCCUGUCCGCUCCACGUCGUCCGGGCUCCCGGGGCAUGCCCCGGACCAGGCUCUUUUCAUGGCUGCCGACGUUUUCAUGUGUUCGCCGCGUCGGCCCCGCAGUCGGGGCCGCUCGGUGCUGCUCAAACCUCAGGUGCCCGAGGACGACGACGACUCGGACACAGACGAGCCGUCUCCGCCGCCCGCCUCCGGCGUGGCCACUUCAGCCCGGGCCCACGCGAGCGCCGCGCCGCUGCCGUCCCGAGCCGGGCCGGGCCGCGAGGAGCCUCCGCGCCGACAGCAGAUCAUCCACAGCGGCCACUUCAUGGUGUCCUCUCCGCACCGCGAGCACCCGCCCAAGAAGGGCUAUGAUUUCGACACGGUCAACAAGCAGACGUGCCAGACCUAUAGCUUCGGCAAGACCAGCUCCUGCCACCUGUCCAUUGAUGCGUCGCUCACCAAGCUCUUCGAGUGCAUGACCCUGGCCUACAGUGGGAAAUUAGUGUCUCCAAAGUGGAAAAAUUUUAAGGGCCUGAAGCUCCAGUGGCGGGACAAGAUCCGGCUCAACAACGCCAUCUGGAGAGCAUGGUAUAUGCAGUAUUUGGAGAAGCGCAAGAAUCCCGUGUGCCACUUUGUCACCCCACUAGAUGGCUCUGUUGAUGUAGAUGAACACCGCCGGCCAGAGGCCAUCACCACAGAGGGCAAAUACUGGAAGAGCCGCAUUGAGAUUGUGAUCCGGGAGUAUCACAAAUGGAGAACCUACUUCAAGAAAAGGCUACAGCAGCACAAGGAUGAGGACCUCUCUAGCCUGGCCCAGGAUGAUGACAUGCUCUACUGGCCUAAGCAUGGGGAUGGCUGGAAAACCCCAGUCCCAAUGGAAGAGGACUCACUGCUGGACACAGACAUGCUCAUGUCAGAGUUCAGUGAUACCCUCUUCUCCACACUGUCUUCACACCAACCGGUGGCCUGGCCCAACCCACGGGAAAUAGCACAUUUAGGAAAUGCAGACAUGAUCCAGCCAGGUCUGAUCCCUUUGCAGCCCAACCUGGACUUCAUGGACACCUUUGAGCCUUUCCAGGAUCUCUUCUCUUCCAGUCGAUCCAUUUUUGGCUCCAUGUUGCCUACUCCUGCGUCAGUACCUGCCCCAGAUCCUAGCAGCCCACCUUCUCAGGGUAACAUCUUGCCAAAUACGGCUCUCCCUACUGUGAGCCUGCCCAGUAGCCUCCUAGCAUCUUCUACAGCCUCCUCCCUUGGCCCCACAGAUGGGCAGGGUAGUGAACGCACUUCCCAAACUGUGGACCCAUUUAUUCAGCCUGCAGACUUUGCUCCCUCUGAGCCACCGCCAGGUGUUCCACAGCCCUUCCUCCCAGUCUUUACUAUGACCUUGCUUUCCCCUGGUCCUGCCCCCACAGCUGUCCCAACUGCACUGCCCUUAGUUCCUCCUCCUGCCACUGCUCUGAACCCUCCAACUCCACCAGCUUUCCUGCAGCCACAGAAGUUUGCAGGAGUCAGCAAAUCAACCCCUGUCAUUACCCACACAGCCUCUGCCACCCUUACCCAUGAUGCUUCUGCCACCACCUUCAGCCAGAGCCAGGGCCUUGUUAUCACAGCACACCAUCCAACCCCCUCGUCAUCUCCCUGUGGUCUGGCGCUGUCUCCUGUACCCCAGCCACCAGCCGUGGGACCUCCCCAACCUCAUUUAACUUUUAUACACCCUAAACCUGUGUCCUUGACUGGAGUGAGACCCAAGCAGCCCCCCAAAAUAGUGCCUGCUCCCAAACCUGAGCCUGUGUCCUUGGUGUUGAAGAAUGCCUGCAUUGCUCCAGCUGCCUUCUCAGGCCAACCACAAAAGGUGAUCAUGACAUCAGCCCCUCUAAAGAGAGAAGGGAUUCUGGCAUCCACAGUGUCCCCAUCGAAUGUGGUUAUUGCCUCUGCUGCCAUUACCAGGGCUUCUGGGGUCACGGAGUUCCUUAGCCACAGCACGAGCAGCCAGCCUACCCCUGUCUCUCGGCUCUUUUCUUCAAGUACAGUGCAAGACUCCCUGGUGAAGGGCGAGCAGCUCCCACUGCAUGGGGGCAGUCCCCAGGUCCCUGCCUCAGGUUCUAGCCGUGACUACCCCAACUCAGGGCAAGCCUCUCCAUGCCCGUCAGAACAAAGCCCCAGUCCUCAGUCGCCCCAGAACAGCUGCUCAGGGAAAUCCACAGACCCCAAAAAUGUGGCUGCAUUAAAGAACCGGCAGAAGCACAUCUCGGCUGAACAGAAAAGGCGUUUCAAUAUCAGGAUGGGCUUUAAUACCCUGAACAGUUUGAUCUCCAAUAAUUCCAAGCAGACCAGCCAUGCUAUCACGCUGCAAAAGACUAUGGAGUACAUCACCAAGCUGCAACAGGAGCGGAUGCAGAUGCAAGAGGAGGCCCGGAGGCUGCGGGAGGAAAUUGAGGAGCUCAACGCUACCAUCAUCUCCUGCCAACAGCUGCUACCGGCCACAGGAGUCCCUGUCAACUGCCGCCAGUUUGACCACAUGAAAGACAUGUUUGAUGAAUAUGUGAAAAGCAGGAUUCUGCAGAAUUGGAAAUUCUGGAUUUUCAGUAUGAUCAUCAAGCCGCUGUUUGAGUCCUUCAAGGGCAUGGUGUCCACCAGCAGCUUGGAGGAGUUUCACCGGACGGCGCUUUCCUGGCUGGACCAGCACUGCUCUUUGCCUGUCCUCAGGCCAAUGGUACUAAGUACCCUCCGGCAGCUGAGCACCACCACCUCCAUCCUGACAGACCCAUCCCAGCUGCCAGAGCAGGCAUCAGAGGCUGUUACCAGGAUUGGGAAACGAUUGGGGGAGUCCUAAGCUUAGUUGGCAUGUGGGCUGCAUGAGAUGCCUGGAGAUCCCUCCUGUACCUUUCCUGACACACCGCCUCAGGGCUGCCCUUAACUUCAGUGGCCUAUUGCACCUGUCAGGAUGCUGUGCUCAGGUCUGAAGCAGGCUUGAGGCCUGCCAACAGCAGUAUCCCAUCUUGGGAACCCUUGCUGUGACCUCUCACUCAGUGACCUCAAUCACCAGUCUCCCCUGCAUUUGGAGUGGCCCAGACAAAGGGAAACAUCAGCUAUUCUAGUCCUGACCUCCAGGUGGUCUGUUGGGGUCCAGAGUCAGCAAGUACAAGACAAGGAAACAAAGCCUGUUUUUACAGGUGGGAUCAUCCUGGCUCCUUCACACUUCCUUUCUUGAGACUAAGAGACUUGGCCCUGUCACAUCCUUAUCCACCUGUGCUCCUCUGGCAACCCCUGCACACUUUCUGGCCUCUGUAGCAGCAGUGAAGUCUCACCGUCUUCCGUGACGCUGGCAGCACCUGACCCUCUGGGCUACCAUUCCAACUUCUGCAGAAAGGAAUGUACCUCCUCGCUAGUGUAUUCUGUCGAAAGGGGAAAUCUUCGCAAACCUCUGAGCACACAUGGAAAAUAAAGGCUGUGGAGGCCGACUGGAUGGGAUGAAGGCACAAGCAAUGAAACCUGCUGUUCUGGCUCAGAAACCCCACAGGCAGCGUCUUGUCUAUGUCUUAGUUCUACCUGGCAUUGCAGACACCACGAUGUUCCCAACAUUGUCAGGAACUUGGCCUAGAGCCUCGCAGGCCUCGCAGCUGAGGCCCUCCCGUGCCUGUUCUCCACCCACUUCCACUCUGC